GUUCUUACUUGUUUGUAGUCAUCUGGUAGUAGUGAAGGGAGUAUGUGUUGCCGGAAAUAUUCUGGUUUAAAUGUUUAUUUACACUGUAAAUUAAAGGAGCACAUGAUUUGAUGGUGUAACAGAAGUACAAAAUUUUUCUACAUAUCAACGAAAAUAAUUCAAGAGCAAAGAAGUGUUUGCACAGUGUUGACGUAACACAAUCAACUCGUGGGAUUUCAUACCAUGGCAGACAUUCAAGAUUACUUGACUGUUUAUAGGCGGUUUUUUGAAGAAUUUGCGACGACAGUGGAUCCGGAUGACCAGCUUCCAGUAAAGGUGGCUGGAUAUUAUUUGUGUGAUUCGGAGUUAGUAGGAGAAAUAGUUGAUUGGACUUACCAGUACCUCAACCAAAAAUGUUGUCCGUCCAGCCUGAUGGCGCCACUGACGAAGAUCGUCAUUGACGAGAUAAAGUUCGCCUGCAAGAAGCAACCCACAGCAUGCGGCUAUCGCUCGUCCGAGAACACCUAUCAGCCAUUGAGGCUGAUGCAGGUGGUGACUGGAAAGGUGAAUGAGGUUUGCUUACGAUACUGUGACAAUGGAAAGUUGGCAACACUUCCUCCACCAUCCCCAGGACCUCCUAUCUCGUCUUGUGCCAUCAAGAAUACAAGGCGCUGUAUGGAGGACCGCCAUGUUAUCAUAGAAGACUUCCACACUGUGUUCAAUGUUCAGGACCGAAGCCCUGCCAGCUACUAUGCAGUGUUCGAUGGUCAUGCUGGGACAGAUGCGGCAAUGUACAGUGUGAGCCACCUUCACCAGUUUCUUGCUGAAAGUUCUUUCUAUCCGACCGAUCCAGAACGAGCGCUCAAGGAUGCUUUUUCCAGGACGGAUUCACUCUUCCUUGAGAAGUCCAACAGAGAGAACUUGAAGAGUGGUACUACUGCUGUUUGUGCAUUGCUGAGACCGAAAGAGAAGAUGCUGUAUGUGGCAUGGCUCGGCGACUCACAGGCUUUUCUGGUUCGUAACGGCCAGGCCGUCAAGGUUGUGAAUCCCCAUAAACCAGAUAGACAGGAUGAGAGGGAACGGAUAGAAGACAUGGGAGGUUGUGUCCUGUUCUGGGGGACAUGGAGAGUUAAUGGACAAUUGGCUGUAUCUAGAGCAAUUGGUGACAUGGCGUACAAACCGUACGUGACUGCCGACCCUGAUGUGACGGCCGUUCCCCUGAAUGGAACUGAGGACUUCCUUGUGCUAGCUUGUGAUGGGCUCUGGGACUUUGUCACCGAACAGGAAGCGCUUGUGGCCGUGUAUCAGCAGAUAUACGAAGCACCAGGAGACGUUGAGGCCGUCAGCCAGCGCCUUGUCCAGCUGUCCAAGCAGCAGGGUUCCACUGACAACAUCACAGUCAUAGUCGUCUUUCUGACACAUCCUGCCCAGCUCGCCUCCCGUCCGAUCCCGUUGUGGGAAAACAACGGCCCACCGCCACAGGAGGCUCGCGCCAUGGAGUCCAAUUUCGACCUCAACACGAACACCACUUCUGCAGAAAACAAUCCGUUCCUCAUGAAUCCCACAUCAGAAUCCGUCCCGUUCCAAAAAGGGGGUCUCCUUCUGGACCUCGGUAGCGGGGGAGACGACGGCCAGGUGUACAAACGUAAUGGAACUUCUCCGUCCGUCACCGACCUGUACUUUCUGGACCGUCCAGCGAACUGCAAGAACUCGACCAGCGCCAACUAUGACGAUGAAGACUUCGGACCCGAGACAGACGUCGACGCUGUCGACGACGUUCUCCUGUCGCCAACCAGUGUUAAAUCAGCGGCUCUGAACAACAACCCGUUUGGUGGUGACGAGAAGGGUGCGUUGGAAGCCGAUCUGGAACUUCAAAGGCAGCAGCUUAGUGACUUCGAUCCUGUUACGGAACCCCGGGAGGAGACUCCUACUCCACCAGCAGACCGGGUUCCUGGAGUUGCCUCAUUGGUGCCAGAAUCGGACAAUGUAGGAGAAAGUGGAGAGGAUUCUGAAGACGAGUGGAACUAUUACCGUGUUGAACCAACUGCAGAAGGGAACCAGGAAGCUACACAACCGGUUUGCCAGAAGCCUGCAGGACCAGAAUUAAAGGACGAAGUGAAUAUGGAGUCUCAGUUGAAUCCUGAUGCGGCAGAAUUUGUCCCAUCGCCGACACAGACUAUGCCAUCUAUAGAGGAAGUUUUGCUGGCCCAGUCUCCCAGCAAGGCCAUUCCAAUGGAAGACAUCACUGUCCCCAGUCAGCUGGAAUUUCAACAUGAAGUCAGCCAGCGUCCGAGUGAAUUGGAUAUUGCUAACGAAUCGCCAGAGGUGCCAGAAAACAAACCAGUUUUGAAUCUACCAGACCUUAUUAGCAGUGAAGUAGAUGAUGUGAAUCCACUCAUCCCUUCUCUCCAUCUGGAAAAUGAGGGAGUGUUCAGUAACAUUUUGGAGCAUGAGCAACAAAAUGAUGUUUUCCCAGAUCAGCAGGACAGUAAUGUGCAAGGAUUAAUUUUGGAUGAGUCUGAGGUGACAUCUACAAAAGCAGAAUUUGGUGAUGACUCUGUGAGUUUCUUAACUACAGGGUCAGAGCUUCAGAAGACAGUGACAGAGAGUGUAUCAUCUUUAUCACCAAUUGAAAAAUCAUUCACCGAUUCAAAUUUUCUAGAAUCUGAACUUGUGGCAAAGUCUAGCAGUUAUGAUAAUGAAUUGUUUGGAUUUAAUGAGGUUGAAGUGUACUGGAGCAAAUGUGUAGGGGAAGAAACUGCACUGCAUGAAGAUGGAAGUUUGGUCCUUGAGACUGGAGCACCCCUGUGUUUUGAAGUGCAGAAGGAAUUGGUUCCCGAGAUGGAAUUGAAGCCAGAGAGAGUCAAGCUUGAUAGUGAAGGUGCGUCCUCCGUUGAGGAGUCUGGCUCUCCAUUGCAAGCAGAAGAUAAACAACUGGGGAAACCGGAGGAACCUACCAUUAUGUCUCAAGUUCCAUAUUCACCUGUGAACUCUCCAGUAUCUAACCUGCAUCCUCUGGUUCUGGACGAAUCGACCGCUACAUCACAGAUACAAGAGACUUCCUUGCAAGAUAGCUUGGCAACUGAUGUGCCAUCGCCAUCUGCUGAAUAUCCCAUAGAAUCGGAAACAGUCCCAUCAAAACCAUUGCAGUCUCCAUUCAGCACACAUCAAGUUUCUUUUUGGGGUUCAGCUUCUCCUAUUAUGCCAUCUGCAACACCAGUACUCUCAGAAGAUUUGGAGAAUCGGGCACAGGCCAUUUUUGCAGAGUUUAAAGCUGAAACUGACCCACAUGAUAUUUCUUCUCCCCCUCUUGCAGUGUCAGAGGUUCAGGAGAAAUUGAAUUCAGAUAAUUUACCAAGGCCUACAACUGAUGAAAUAUUUGCUAGGGUAGAGACAGAGGAAGAACUGGGAAAGUGCCAAGAGACUGAAAUUAGUAGUCAACUGCUGGAUCCAUUUGGGAUUGUUACAUCACAGAGCAACAUAACAGAUGAAACGGACCCCUUAAAGCAAGAUGUAUGCACUAUUUCAAGUUCUGUGUUAGAGCAACAACCAAUAGAAGAUGAAGUAAAGGAAACUGGAGUGACACAGAAUCUACCACCAGCCCCUGUGCAUGUUCCUGACGUAUUACCACAGCUGUCUGAUGUGGAACCACCAGAAGCAGUGGCUGUAGAGUCAGUACAGGUGUCAGAGAAAGUAGGUAAUGCAGAAACUGAGGACACUUUGGUUGCUGCUGCAGCAGCUACUGCUGUGGCCACUGCAGUGGCAGCUGGGGCUAUUGUGGCUCAUGAGAAACCAGCUGAGAAGACCAACAUAUCAGAAAAGAAUGUUGAGGCAAAGAAACCAACCCCUUCAAAGGACAAGAAGGAACCAACUGCUGUCAAAGCAAAACUGACAAAAACACCCAGCAGUCCCAAACCUGCAACUCCUACUACUGGUGUAGUUAGAGCAUUGCAAAAAUCUAAACUGACUUCACCAACGAAGCCCCCAUCCCCAAGUUUUCACUCCUCAACACCGAAGAAGUCUGUAACUUCUGCUCCUCCUGCAAGCAGAACCACAAAGUUGCCAGCUGCUCCAAACAAACCUAAGCCAGGUACCACGUCACCAACAAAACCCCUGUCUUGUGCUGCUAAAUCGAGCACGGCCCCACAUGCACGACCUGGAACCACUACUACAAAGUCUCUUAUUCUAAGUAAUGGUGAUGUAGCUAAGGCUGCGGUUACAAAGAAAACCGCAGCUCCUACGUCAGCGAGGCCACAAAGCAGGCCUUCAACAGCCCCAGCUACUGCUAAAGCUGGAACAAUAAAACAGAGUGGUGCAGUCACAAGUAGGACCACCCUUUUGUCAGCCGUGCCCCCGCGAACAAAACCCGGAGCUGUGGACGGUGCUGCAAGCAAGUCUCGGCCAGCAGGGACAUUGGCGCCUACGACGGCUAGGAAUAAAGUGGGCUCGACCUGUGACCCAAAGUCCGUCACAAACAAGAAGGAAACUGCAAAUAAGCAAAUAUCAUCUCACACUAUCACAAAUAAAUCUACAACAGUUACAACAACUCGCAGUGCAUUGUCGGCUGCCACUAGGAGAGUUACGGGUGUCACAAAGACCGCUGUCACGUCGUCUGUGAGUAAAGUAGGACCGAAGAAGACUACCUCUGCCAGGACGAUCACUGGGACUCGUGCCCCAACUACAGCGUCAACCAAAACAACAAAGACUGAAGUCAUCGCAACCUCAUUGGCCACAGAGAACAACGAAAUAUUAAAAGUGCAACAAGUGGACUAA